AGAAGCCCCGCAGCCGGCCGCGGCGCCGCCAGCAGAGCACACAGUCUGCGGGUCCGCCAGCGCGGGUGACCCCGAGCCACCGCUGGAGCCGGCGCCCGGCCCCCGCCCGCCGCGCCUCGUCUGGGACCCACCCGCAGAGGAGGCUGAGCCCGCUGGCGACUCCCCGGAGCUCGCCCACCUCCCAGCGCCCCGGAGCGCAGGCAAAAGGGGAAGAAAGAUUCCUCUCUUUGGUCGCCACUCUUUCUUGCUCUCUCCAAGAAUUUGUUUAAGGAGACGCUGCAGGAAAAAGACAUCAUCUUGAAUCCUCUGUCGGGGCGGGGUCUGCCGCUGCCCUGCGGUGCAGCCUCAGCGACACUACCCUCCACUAGGACCCCUGACCAGCGGGGUCACGUCCGAGAGACGGGAUCAUGAAGCGCUCGGUGGCUGCUUGGCUCCUGCUUGGGCUCAGCCUUGGUGUCCCUCAGUUCUGCAAAGGUGAUAUUUGUGAUCACAAUCCAUGUGAAAAUGGAGGUAUCUGUGUGUCAGGAUUGUCUGAUGAUUCCUUUUCCUGCGAGUGCCCAGAUGGCUUCACAGAUCCCAAUUGUUCUAGUGUUGUGGAGGUUGCAUCAGAUGAAGAAGUGCCAACUUCAGCAGGUCCCUGCACUCCUAAUCCGUGCCAUAAUGGAGGAGCCUGUGAAAUAAGUGAAGCAUACCGAGGGGACACAUUCAUAGGCUAUGUCUGUAAAUGUCCCCGAGGAUUUAAUGGGAUUCACUGUCAGCACAAUAUUAAUGAAUGUGAAGCUGAGCCUUGCAAAAAUGGAGGAAUAUGCACAGACCUUGUUGCUAACUAUUCCUGUGAGUGCCCAGGAGAAUUCAUGGGAAGAAAUUGUCAAUACAAAUGCUCGGGCCCAUUGGGAAUUGAAGGUGGAAUCAUUUCAAAUCAGCAAAUCACAGCUUCAUCUACCCACCGAGCUCUUUUUGGACUCCAGAAAUGGUAUCCCUACUAUGCACGUCUUAAUAAGAAGGGGCUUAUAAAUGCCUGGACAGCUGCAGAAAAUGACAGGUGGCCAUGGAUUCAGAUAAAUUUACAAAGAAAAAUGAGAGUUACUGGUGUGAUUACUCAAGGAGCCAAGAGGAUUGGAAGCCCAGAAUAUACAAAAUCCUACAAAAUUGCCUAUAGUAAUGAUGGAAAGACUUGGGCAAUGUACACAGUGAAAGGCACCAAUGAGGAUAUGGUGUUCCAUGGAAAUGUUGAUAACAACACACCCUAUGCUAACUCUUUCACGCCCCCCAUAAAAGCUCAGUAUGUGAGACUCUAUCCACAAGUUUGUCGAAGACACUGCACUUUGAGAAUGGAGCUUCUUGGAUGUGAACUGUCAGGCUGUUCUGAGCCUCUGGGGAUGAAAUCAGGACACAUACAGGACUAUCAGAUCACUGCUUCUAGCAUCUUCAGAACUCUCAAUAUGGACAUGUUCACUUGGGAACCAAGGAAAGCUCGGCUGGACAAGCAGGGCAAAGUGAAUGCCUGGACCUCUGGCCACAAUGACCAGUCACAAUGGUUACAGGUGGAUCUUCUGGUCCCUACCAAAGUGACUGGCAUUAUUACACAAGGAGCUAAAGAUUUUGGUCAUGUGCAGUUUGUAGGCUCCUACAAACUAGCUUACAGCAAUGAUGGAGAACACUGGACAGUAUACCAGGAUGAAAAGCAAAGAAAAGAUAAGGUUUUCCAGGGCAAUUUUGACAAUGAUACCCACAGAAAAAACGUCAUCGACCCUCCCAUCUAUGCACGGCACAUAAGGAUCCUUCCUUGGUCCUGGUAUGGGAGGAUCACGCUGCGGUCUGAGCUGCUGGGCUGCGCAGAGGAGGAGUGAGGAGAUCCCACAGCCCACAACCCUCCUAUUUCCCUAAAAGUAUCUCCACGGAAUGAACUCUGCAAAAUCUAUCGGAAACCGAAUGGAAUUUUUCAUGAAAAAGUGAUCAAAUUACGGUAGGCCAUUAACUGUCUUCUUAAGGAGGUCUAAGCCUGCCUUUUCCAAGGUUUAAUUUGAUUUUUAUCAUUUAAAUUUCUUAAGCAACAUCACAUUAGCUGUGAAUUACUUUCCGCGUUGUUUUCUGACUUCUUCAUACUGGUUGAAAUAUAUUAGGCAAAGAAAGUAGCACUCUUGAUAGCAAGGGUAAAAAAAAUCUCAUCGUUAGUUAUCAAAUAAAAGCAAGAGUUGUUAGAGCUUUCAUAAUCAAUACUCAUUCUUAUAAAAAGAAUACUGCAAUGUUAGCAAUAAGUUUUUUUCCCUUCUGCAAUGAAUCUAUAUUAUCCUAAUUAUUUCCCUGUGCCUGACAAACACUGUCAGAGUUUAUAACCAAAAUUUGAAGAAGAAUCUGUAACAUGCAAUACUAACUGAAAUUAUAAUUCUCAUCUUAUUUCUAAUCAGAUUAUGUGAUCUUUCUCUUAGUGCUAUUCUAUAUAUUAUAUAUUGCCUGAAUAAGUCCAUACUUUUCCCAAUUGACUUUUGUCCUAUUACUUGCCUAAAAGAAGUAUCAUGUUU